AAUGUCAUCCGUUAAAUUAUUAUGUGAGAAAGUUCUCCCUCGAUUUUCACAACGGCAUAUUAAUUUAGCAUUUGCGUAUGGGUCUGGUGUUUUCCAACAAAACAAUCAAGCACCACUCAGUCAACAAAUGCUAGAUAUCAUAUUAAUAGUUAGCGAUGCCAAGGCCUUUCACAAAGAAAAUUUGGAUAGAAAUAGGAAAGAUUAUUCUUUUUUGAAAUAUUUUGGAGCAGAUAAAAUAAGUCAUAUUCAGCAAAAUUAUGGUGCAAAAGUUUUUUUUAAUACCCUUGUCCCCAUUGGAAAUAAACGAAUGAUUAAGUACGGUAUUAUUCAAACUGAUGACCUUCUACGAGAUCUUUUUGAUUGGGAGACUUUAUAUAUAGCAGGAAGACUACAUAAACCAGUUCUCAUGUUAAACGAUCCUGAAGAUUAUAUAGAAGAAGCUUUAAAAAGUAAUUUAAAAUCAGCUCUUAAUUCUGCAACCCUGCUGCUACCUAGAAUAUUCGAUGAAAUCACUUUAUACAAAACUAUUGCAAGCCUUAGCUAUACGGGAGAUUUCCGCAUGGUUGUCGGAGAAGAUCGAGAUAAAAUUGAAAACAUUGUACGCCCAAAUUUUGUUCACUUUCAAAAAUUGUAUCAAAAUCUUAUAGAGAAAGAUGACAAUUUAAACUUAUCAAAUGGCAUGAUUGAACAGAACUUGGAAUCAUCAGUUGUUUGUAAUAGGCUCAUAAGCUUACCUAGGAAAUUAGCCAGAACUCUUGUUUUGAAAGAUGGCAAAAGACAAGUAAAUAAAGAUAUAGAGGAUAUUAUGUGUGACUUAAUGUAUGGUUAUGAGAUCGAGAGUGAGGUUAGAUCAGCCGUUAAAAAAAUAGUUUCAAGGACGAGCUCCUCACAAAGUGUCAAAGGAAUAUUCAGCGCAGGAAUGUUAAAGAGUUUGAAAUACAGUGGAAAAAAACUUAACAAAUGGCUUAAAUCAAUCUAUCGUUCUUCAUAA